AUGAAGCUGUCUCUCCUGGCACUGAUAGGCUUUGCGGCUUAUGCUUCUGCUGCCCCAGCACCACCCUCAUCUCAUGUUGUGCAUGAGAAGCGAGAAGUUCAGCAUCAGAAAUGGGCUCGCAGAGACCUAAAGCUCAAUCGCGAUGCUGUUAUCCCGAUGUCUAUUGGAUUGACCCAAUCCAAUUUGGACAAGGGUUAUGACUACCUGAUGGACGUUUCGCACCCACAGAGCCCAAACUACGGCAAGCACUGGUCUCUGGAGAAGAUUGCUGAGACCUUUGCUGCAUCGCCCGAAACGCUCACGGCCGUCAAGGAAUGGCUCACCGGGAGUGGUAUAGCAGAGGAUAGAAUCAGAUUGUCCAAGGGCAGGAAUUGGUUUAAGUUCAAUGCAACAGUCGAAGAGGCAGAGUCUCUGCUUCGUACCGAAUACGGCAUCUACACCAAUGUGGAGACCGGUAACGAUCAUUUGGCUUGUGAAGAGUACAGUGUACCAGCACAUAUCCAAGAGCACAUUGAUUUCAUCAAACCUACAGUACACUUCGAUGCUUAUGUCAAACCAAAGAGGACGCGCAGAGACUUGCAGCGCCGCGAAAUUAAUGAACGCGACAUGAAGGUUAAGCCAUUUCCAAUUGCUCAUCCGGGUGUAGCCGUCACCCCAGAAGUCACCUAUUCUCUGGCGAACUGUUACGAGUACACAACCCCUGAGUGCCUAAGGGCCUUGUACAACUUCAGCAAUGGCACCUUAGAUGUGUCAUCCUACGGCAUUGUCGAAUACACACCAGUGGCUCAUAGACAAGCAGAUCUGAACCUCUUCUACUCAAACUUGCAGCGCCAGAUCCCUUCAGGCUACGCCCCAGUGGUCGAUUCCAUCGAUGGCGGAACCAUCUCAGUCCCUGAGAGUGAAGAUAACAACGGGGAAGCAGAUCUUGAUAUAGAGUACGCUAUUGCGCUUGUUUACCCCCAGAAGGUUACCGUGUACCAGACUGGUGAUACAGUCGAAGGCGCAUCAUUCGGCAAUUUUCUUGACGCACUAGAUGCAUCUUAUUGCAGUGGGGAUGAUUCCACCUAUGAUGCAACAUACCCGGAUCCUGAGUCUGGAGGCUACACUGGGUCAGAAGCUUGCGGUACUAUCACGCCCGCGUCGGUCAUCUCUACCUCCUACGGGUACAACGAAGCCGAUCUCCCCGCUUCCUACGAAGUCCGCCAGUGCAAUGAGUACAUGAAACUCGGUCUUGCUGGAACCACAUUCCUCUUCUCGUCUGGAGACUACGGCGUAGCUGGUAAUGGCGGCCAGUGCUGCAGCAAAGCAAAGUGUGCAGGAGGAAGAUACAACAGUGGCAGUUCAGGGACGUUCAACCCCGCAUUUCCUGCGACUUGCCCCUACAUAACCUCCGUCGGGGCCACGCAGAUCAAGCCCAACACAGCAGUAACCGCUACUGCUCCGGAGGAGGCAUGCGAGACUGUCAUCUAUUCUGGCGGAGGUUUCAGUAACGUCUUUCCCAUGCCUGAUUACCAGUCCUCCGCCGUAGCCUCCUACUUCUCCUCGCACAAACCCUCUUAUUCAGCCACUCAAUACAACAAUUCCGAAACAGUCAGGGGCUACCCUGACGUAGCUGCGAACGGCGCCAACUUCGUCGUAGCCCUUGACGGCUCGCUCGUCUUGCUCUAUGGAACCUCCUGUUCCGCACCCACAUUCGGGAGCGUCAUCACAUUGAUCAACGAGCAGCGGAUCAGUGCUGGGAAGUCAGCGGUUGGAUUUAUAAACCCAACGAUUUACGAAAACCCAUCAGCCUUUAACGACAUCACGUCUGGCGGUAAUCAGGGCUGUGGAACGAAAGGCUUCACUGCCGUUUCGGGCUGGGAUCCCGUUACCGGGUUGGGUACGCCAGAUUACGAGAAGUUGUUGUCGGUGUUCAUGGCGCUUCCUUAA